GUGUUUAUUUAAACAUUAGCAUUGAAAUUGAAUCUCAUAUCCUAAAAAACUUUUUUCAAUGCCAUACGCAUUAUGGUGACAGUAUAAAAGUAACUAGGAAAGCUUUCUGUCGUUAAAAGUCAACUAAAACUGAAGAUGAAUAAGUUCUUUGUUAUAUUUUCUCUUAUUGCAGUGGCUUUAGCCGAACUUCCUGAAGAGUGCUGGCAGGGCCAACCAGAUGGCAAAUCACCACACGAAUGUUGUCAAUUGAAGGAGGCGAUACCGAUGGCUUUGUUUGAAAAAUGCAAGAGUCUCUUUCCACCCCCACCUCCAGGGUCACAUCCUAAAGGAUGCUGCAUGAGUGAAUGCGUUUUAUCAGAAACUAAAAUCUUUGCUGAGGGAAAGAUGAACAAGGACGAAGCUCUAAAGUUUUUGUCAAAGCAUUUUGAGGGUGAUGCUGAAACUAUCAAAGUUGUACAUGAAGCUGUUGAGCAUUGUGAUAAAGAAUAUCAAACGAAGAAAGCAGGAUUUGAUGAAAUGGCAAAACAGCCCGCAGCACCUGGCGAGAAGGUUUGCAAUAUGGCCUCAGGAUUUUUAAUUGGAUGUGUAAACGCUCAAAUAUUUUUGAAUUGUCCAAAAGAUAAAGUUGCUGCAGAUGCAAGUUGCGGUCCAAUUAAAUCAUUCAUUGAUAAAUGUGGUUUCCUUUAUCCAAUUAAGGUUGUUCACUGAUCAUUACAUUCACACUAAAAGUAAUUGCUUAUAGGUUUUUUAUCUAAUGUCAAAGGAAUAAUCCAUUAAAUUGCAAUAAAUUAUGACUUUUAAUCUCAUUUGGAAGUUUAACGAUGAAAAAUUAUU